AAGAUUGUUUUUGCCUUUCUUGUACGCACCUGACAUCAUGUUAGGAUGUGUAUCCACUUACCUGAAGGUGUGUCACCAUACCAAUACUGAGCUCAAGGUGUCUGGAGUAAUGCAAAUCCAAUUCAAUUCAAUGAAUGUUUAAGCAGGAUAUUAUUAACAGCACAUUUUCAUGGAGUUUGGUAGCAGUAACAUCAAAUGUUAUUCAUUUAAAUUAAAUGAAGACUGGAUUUUCCAAAGGACAAAAAAGAAAGAAAAAAGAAAUAUUAUCCUGAAGAUAAAAUAUGUUUGUCUGCCUUCAUGGUUUUGUGCAGCUUCAUGGAAAUCACAAAUCUCAAGAGAAAGAUGAUUAAAUAAUAUAACAUAUGUUCUUAAAUUCAGAUACAGUGGUGAUCAAAGUACAUCUAAAUGUGUACAUCUGCUAAAUGAAACUGAAGAAGAUGCACUAAAAUGUUGGACUAUUCCUUUAAAAAGUGUAUUUUUCUUUUUCUUUCGAUCAAGUCUGUAUGUUUUUAUCAGAACUGGACAACAUUAACAACAUUAAGCACCUAAAUCAUACUUUUUAAUAAUUCUGCUGCUUAUUAAAACAUGUUUCUGGCUGCAGGUUCUUCUUUUUUCCCACUGAGAUAAAAUAUCCAACUGUUCCAUCAGCGCAGGUGAAGACCUUCAGAGAGUCAUUUUGAAUGUUGAAAUGAAUUCAGUUACAUUAUUUAAGAGUCUAACCCCUGACCCACAUUCAGCACGGGCCACUGCAGGCUCAACAUAAACCUCCAUCUCUCAUCUGCGCGCUGAUUGGACGGCGGGCCUCGCUCGAGAACUCGCCGGCGUGGACACGCUCGGCCUGUGUUUCCAGGAGAUUCUCCCACGUGCCCGCGCACACACCCGGCGUGCCCUCUUCCUUUUGCUGUAGAUGCUUCUUUGAGCGCGCGCCCGGUUAGAAAUCUGUGUCGGGCGUGCCCGCCAGUGGAAUGCGCGCACCCGCUGUCCCCCAUUUGCAGCUCACGUACGGGGCGCUAAUUGGAGAGCAGCACUGAUGUAGAUUAUAAAAUGUAAAUACUUGAAGCUUUUACUGCGUUUACUUCCAGUACUUCUCUGUGUUUAUAAAGUGGAGGAAUGAUGAGGAGGGUUUCUCUGCAGACUGCGCCUCUUCUCUGAUCAUCUCAUCCUUUUUUUUUUUCUUCAUGAGGAUGAAAACUCAGCAUCGCUUUUUUUAGUUGGAACAAGUUCAUGUUUCUGUGAGGCUGAUGGGACAACAACUGUUGGGUGAUUUUUCCGAGUUAUUCUCCUUUUUCAUCAGAUCGGAUCCGGUGCGGUUUUUUUGCAGGUUUUUGAUUUAAUUCCUAAGUGGAGCGGCCCAUAAAAAAAGAGGCUCCUGUUCGACCUAACUUACUUCGUUUGGUAUCUGCCGGUGUUUUUUGUAUUAUUUUUUUAAUUUGUUUUUCAGAUUUUUUUUUUCAACAUGUGUGUACAGUCUUGAUCUGGAGGAUUACAGCAGAAUAUUUCUCGGUGGCUUACAUGUAGCGGAGAAAAAGGCUGUGUGUGAUUUCUGAGGGAUUCUAUAUAAGAGGAGCCGUCAUGUAUGCAGGACGCAAGAGGAGAAAACCGGUCCAGAGAGCGGUGAAGCAACCGCCAGCUGAAGGGGCAAAGUCCAACCCGUCCAAACGGCAUCGAGACAGGCUGAACGGGGAGCUGGAGAGGUUGGCCAGCCUCCUACCUUUUCCUGAAGAGGUCACCGCCACUCUGGACAAGCUCUCCAUCCUGCGCCUGAGUGUCAGCUACCUGCGAGCCAAGAACUUCUUCUCUGUUACCCUCAACAAUCGGGACAGAGUGUCUCCAGCCGGUGAAAAUGAUGACGACAUCAAAACAGCCGGAGUGGUGGAGACAAAGAUUCCUGAGGGAGAACUUCUGCUGCAGGCUCUCAAUGGUUUUGUCUUGGUUAUCACUGCCAGUGGGACAAUCUUCUACUCCUCUCACACCAUCCAGGACUACUUGGGCUUCCACCAGACUGACGUCAUGCACCAGAGUGUGUAUGAACUGGUCCAUACGGAGGACCAACAAGAGCUCAGGAGAAACUUGCACUGGGCUUUGAAUCCUCCUCCUGCUGCUGCAUCCGCCGUUAGCCAGGACUCGCCCCAAGAGAUGGAACCUGACAGCAGCUCAUCUUUGGUCACCUACAACCCCGAACAGCUUCCCCCAGAGAACUCAUCCUUCCUUGAGAGAAACUUUGUGUGUCGCUUCCGCUGCCUCCUGGACAACUCCUCCGGCUUCCUGGCUUUAAACAUCCAGGGCAGGCUGAAGUUUCUGCACGGACAGAACCAGCGACAAGAUAAUGGAGGAAAGGUGCCGCCACAGCUCGCCCUUUUCACCAUUGCAACUCCUCUGCAGCCUCCAUCCAUCCUGGAGAUCAGGACCAAGAACAUGAUCUUCAGAACCAAACACAAGCUGGACUUCACACCGUUGGCCUGUGAUGCAAAGGGGAAGAUAGUGCUGGGGUACACAGAGGCUGAACUGCGGGUACGAGGAUCUGGUUAUCAGUUCAUCCAUGCAGCAGAUAUGUUGUACUGUGCAGAGAACCAUGUCAGAAUGAUGAAGACUGGAGAGAGUGGUCUGACUGUGUUCAGGCUCCUUACCAAGGAGAAUCGUUGGAAGUGGGUCCAGGCCAAUGCCCGGCUGGUGUACAAGAACGGCAAACCAGACUACAUCAUCGCCACCCAGAGGCCUCUUUUGGAUGAAGAGGGAGGAGAACACUUGCGUAAGCGCUCCAUGCAUUUACCCUUUACCUAUGCUACAGGUGAGGCCUUGCUCUACCAGUCCAACCAUCCUAUUGCAGGCUUUAUAGAUGGAAGCCAUGAGAAAAAUGGCAGUAAGUCAAAGAAGAGCCGGACUGAGAGGCUGAUGAGGGAUGGUCUGGACCCUGGCUCCCUUCUAGGGGCCCUUAUGAGUCAGGAUGAGUCGGUGUAUGUUUGCCAGCCCGCCCUGGAGUCCAAAAUGUCAGUUCAUAGCAGCUUCUUUGGAGACCAAAUGGGCUUCUCUGACUCCCAAUCCUCCAGCCUGCACAGGAACUGGGACCCACCUAGCAAUGGUGUGGUGGGUCCAAGCAUUACACAGCCAGGCACCAGCUUUGACCCACUGCUGGCUACUCUGGACUCCCUCUCCCUGGAGGGCCAAGGGGUUGUGGAUUCGGAAGAGGGGGGUUGUUCAAACGGUGAGCUGUUUGGAGCUCUAGAAGGGCUGGGGCUGAGUGCUGAGGAUCUGGAGCUGCUGCUGCUGGAUGAGCGGAUGAUCAGAGUUGAAAUAGACCCUGAGCGUGUGCCCACCUUGGAUGACCUGCUAACGAAUGAUGAGAUUCUUUCUUAUAUCUAUGACUCCAUUGAGGGGAAGACUGAUACCACAGAUCAUGAAAGACAGGUGCCUCCUAGUAAUGCCUUAGCGGCAGCCACACCAGUGUCACUACCUGAUAGUAACGCCACCUCAGACACUAAUGUGCAAAUGCAGUUUCCUCACCAUAAGCCUCCUCUAGUGGGGCAGGCUCCCAUUGUCCAGCUAUCCCAGCAGAUGCAACAGCACCUCAACAUGCGACCAGGUAAAGUUGCACAUGACUGGGGCCAGCAGAACAACCAUUUGGCUAACACAUUAGUUAAUGGAGAGCUGUUAGGGCACAAUCAAUCCAUCUCCAAUGGACAAUGGACAGCCCAAGACAUUCUAACCAAUGCAGGGAUACAACCGGGACACUUGAACUCACAACAGACUAUUUUCAAUGGCAAGGCCUCGGAGCUGGAUGGAGAGCUUCAUCAGCAGCAAACGCAUCAAAGCUACCUUCAGCAGCAGCAGAAACCCCGGAUGCAGAACCAGCUCUCACAGCAGUGCCAUGCCAAACAGAAGGCAACCAACCUCAACGGACUAUGUGGCGUCUCCAGCACAGAGCAUCCAGCUGGAAAAUCCCAGUGGCAGGACUAUGGAUUCAGUGAGAGUCUGGGUCCCUGCCUUGACAACAGCCAAAAACCCCUUACAAACACCUCACUAGACUCUUGCAUGGAUUAUAGCAUGCCUGAUAUUGACAAUGUGGAUUACACUAUUAGUGGAAGUGGUUUGUUUGGGAGCAAUGGGCAACAGCACAGGGCAGAGUCCACAGUUUCAUCUUUCCAGGGGAUGAGCCACAAACAGCCGCAGGAGCAGAUCCCAGUUCCUUUGGCUCAGGUCAUCUCCAGCCUGUCACAGUGUCCUCCCCCUAACGCCUCUCUGGAGCAGAUCCUAGGGGUGGGCAAACCCUGCCGGCAGCUGGACCAUUAUGGCAUGCUGACCUCGGAGAUCCCUCAUGACCCCAGUCACAGUCACAGUAAGAUGGAGAAUGGCUGCAUCCUGACCAGUACUUACCCAGGUGGUUGUGCUCUGCCCAAUGGGAACGGAGCAGCACCCCCUACAGUCCAGAUGCCCGGCCCUGAGACUUUGUCCAGCCUCCCCGACCCACCAGCCACUGGCUUCUACCUCUGACCAGCUGACCAGGAACAGUCAUGCACUGUUAACGGCCAGAAACACACAAUGACUGGACCAGCCUUAUACAUCUAGAUAAGACAACAAACAAAGCUGAAUAAACGUAGGCCUAUAAGUUUUUCUUUCUUUCAUUUUAAAGUUGUGAUUUUUUUUGUGGGGGGAGGGGAUCACUGUGUUGUAUUUCCAGUCAUAUUAUCAUAUGAGUCCUUUGUUUACAAUAAUGCAGUCAAGAGUGCUCAGUUGAGUUUAUUUUAAAGAAUACAGAGAGGUAAACACAAGUUUUAUAAAUCAGUGUUCAGAUAAAAUGCUAUCUAAAUUAAGGAUAGUUCAAUACCAAUUUUUGGGGGCAUUUUCAAUACCAGUUAUUCAGUAUUUAAAUAUGAAAUAACAAAGAUGUUUUCUGUCAUUUAAUUCAGGUUUUUCUUUAAUUGUGUACAUUGUGAAGAGAGAGAAAGCUAGACAACAUAAGGAAGAGAUAUCUAAACAAAGUUGGAGUUGCAGAUGAACUGAGGUGAAGACACGAGUUGUUUGUCUGCGCUUCAUGAAUGUACAGACACAAGCAGAAAGGAGAGGGUUUAGGAAAUUUGCAUCUGACCAAGCAUCGAAUGCAAUUAUUAGUCAUGUUUAUUAAUAUUUCAUCCUAUAUUUCCUGAUUUAAAUCAUAAUUUGGUUUCACAUUUGGUUCCGUUAGGAAUAUUUGUUUCACUUUGUAUCUGAAAGCUCCAUAAAGACACAAACACACACUCUAUCCCCGUCAGUGCAACUCCAACGUGAUUACAGGUUUUGGUACUGGCAGUCGACAGGACAUCAGCACCGCUUAUAGUUUUCUGUUAUGCAACAAGAAUGUAAUCUUUCAGUUUUCAGUGAUUUCUUUGUUGAACAGUUGUACUUGUCAACAACGAGAUUAAACCAUAUAUGUUUUUGAAAAAAAGUAUAGAAUAUGGAAAUUAUGGCUAGAAAUAUCCUGCACUUUAUUUCAAGCACCCACUUAAUGCAGAUCUGUAGUCAGGGAUACUGGGGUUGUAAAGACAACAGACCCUGUUUCUUUUUUGUUUUGUUUGUUUGUUUGUUUGUUUGUUUAUCUUUGAAGCUACUGGUGCAAAAAUUGACCAGUUUGCAUUUUUUAAAUUCUUAUUUUGAGGUACAUUUCAGGUGAUGGGUUAAUGUCCUCACAAGCACAAACACUUCUCUAUAAUUGUUAGUGUCAUCAUUUUUAUCUUUCUCCGUUUGAAUUAUUCUUAUUUUUGUUGUUGAUAAUGUUGAUCAUCUUCGACCUCUGGAGUUUUUUUUUCCU